AUGGAUGGUAGUAGAGACUCUAGUGUGACAGAGCAAGAGCUAAUUUACAUACUGUACUUAAGCAAAAACGGGAUUCCAGAAGUAAAGUUCUUCAGCAUUGAAAGCGUGAAGGCAGCUGAUGCAGAAGGUCUUAAAUCGUCACUGGAGGAAGCGUUUGAGUGUGUUGGAAUUUCAUGCUUUGCAAGUCGAUUGCAUGGUCUUAAUGUUGACGGUGCAAGUGUCAAUACAGGCAUUCAUCGUGGUCUUGGUGCAAGGAUCAGAGAACUGGCACCGUGGUUGACUGUUGUCCAUUGUUUUAAUCAUCGACUUGAAUUGUCGGUUAAAGAUGCUUUUAAAGGGACUUUUUUCGAUGAAAUAGACAUGAUGUUAUUAAAACUAUAUUACUUGUACAAGAAAAGCUCUAAACGCACAAGGGAGCUCGAAGCCUUCGGGGAGAUUUAUGACAAAGUGAUAACAAAGCCAUGCAAAUCGUCAGGAACUCGUUGGGUUGCACACAAGGUAAACGCUAUGGAGAUCGUUCUGCAGAACUAUGGUAUUUUCAUGACUCACUUGGAAUCCCUUUCCCAAACUGAUUCUCAAGCACUCAAGCGUGCCGAGCUCGAAGGGUUUUUUAGGCACUAGCUUCAAGCGAAAUACCCUCUACAUUUGGCUAUUUAUCUUGAUAUUUUACAGCCAGUCCAAGUAUUGAGCCUUGCAAUGCAACAGGAAUUACAUGACCCUGUUGUACAAGUUAAGCAUAUUAAUGAGUUUGGCUGGUCCAUGUUAAAACUUAACGCUCUUCUCACAGAAAGCAUUGAUAAGAAUACUUCUCGAUUAACAAAUUAUACAAAGUUCUUGAAAGAAGUUACAUGUGUAGAAGGAUCCUACAAAUAUCAAGAAAUUAAGUUACUUAAUUUUGAUGCAAGCUCAGAGAAAAUAAAGAAGUCAUACAGCGAUGUUAUCUCGUGCUUGACCGCGAAAAUGAAUGAGAGGUUUAAAGAUCUCCAAAGCCAUUCUGUCAUUAAAGGUAUAGCGAUUCUUGACUGCAGUCGCUGGCCAAGAGACGACCUUAACCUAUCUGUCUAUGGCGAGAAAGAAAUCGACGCAUUAACCAAGCAUUUCUCUUCCUUGCUGUCCAACAACGGUUGCGAUAUUGACAAAAUUACGACUGAAUGGGACUUGCUGAAAUUGGAAGUUAACACUUUGAUAUCUGGUUGUUGUUCCAUAAAGUACCUUGAUGUUUGGCAACGAGUGUUCAGCUUACCGGAUCGGAAAUCCCUCGAAAAUGUGUUGCAUAUAAUUGAAUUGCUGCUUAUCACUCCCACAACAAAUGCAAAGUUAGAAAGAAUGUUUAGUCGUAUGAGUCGGAUGAAGAAUGACUGGCGCAAUCGGUUAACCCGUGAGCGUUUAGAACACAAUCUUCGCAUUGGAGAAGACGGUCCCUCCAUCAAAAACUUUGAUCCUGAGGAAUCGAUCAGGCAUUGGUCAAAUGAAAGGAUACGAAGAGUCAAGGGUGCAAAACCACACAGGUAUCCAAAGAAACGCAGAAAAACCGAAAGGUCGUCAUCAGUAGAUGUGGUUACUUAUUGUAUGUCAGACUUUGAAAGCGAGUCUUCUGAUGAGGAAUGA